CCGAUGCCGUGGAUCUCACUUCUGACAUCAACUUGAUGCCAUGUAGUCUUCACCCUCUCAGGUCAGCGCCACAGCUUCCUCUCAGUCCUACUCCGAAGAUCAACUAUUUCCCCAAGAUUUCCCCAGGAGCAGUGUCUUGACGCAAGUUCACCUGAGGGAGGAGUCGCACAGUCCCGGCAACAUUUAACCAGCGAUCGAAACUGGACUCAGAAGUCAUGCUCGGAGGAGAAGGAGAGGUGUUUUCCUCGGCCAAGGACGCCGCGGACGAGCGCAGCAAGUCGCCCGUCCUCGGCGCUGAGGACCCGGCCGCGGCAGGAGGCGGCAGGUUCACGGAGCCCGCUGACCGCUUCUACGCGCCCCACAAGCAGAGCCCGGAGACGACGAACCCGUGCUCGUUCGUGCCCUACACCCCCAGCUACAGUCCGUCAGGCUCGGGCAGGUACCCGUCAUCUCUGCGGCUGGGCUCCGUCCUCCCACCCGCGGGCUUUUCUCCGCCCGCAGCCGCCCGCAGUCACUUCAGCCCGGCGUAUCAGAUCGGGCAGAGCGCCGGGUGCCUCUACCCGCCGUACAGCGGCUCAGGCCCGGCUCUGAGCGGCAUGAGCAUCCCAGCGGCGGGGCCCGGGAUGAGGGCCCAGGUCUACCUGUGCAACCGGCCUCUGUGGCUGAAGUUCCACCGACACCAAACGGAGAUGAUCAUCACCAAACAGGGCAGACGCAUGUUCCCGUUCCUCAGCUUCAACAUCGCCGGCCUCAACCUCACCUCCCAAUACAACGUGUUUGUGGAGGUGGUUCUGGCCGAUCCGAACCACUGGAGGUUCCAGGGUGGCAAGUGGGUCACCUGCGGGAAGGCGGAUAACAACAGCCAAGGGAACAAGAUUUACAUCCACCCCGAAUCUCCGAACACGGGGGCCCACUGGAUGAGACAGGAAAUCUCCUUCAGCAAACUGAAACUGACAAACAACAAGGGGACCAACCCAAGUACCUCACAGAUGAUCGUCCUGCAGUCGCUGCACAAGUACCAGCCGAGGUUGCACAUUGUGGAGGUGACGGACGACGGCCUGGACAGCGUUGCCAGUGAAACCAAAACUCAGAGUUUCACCUUCCCUGAAACCCAGUUCAUCGCUGUCACAGCCUACCAGAACACUGAUAUUACACAGCUCAAAAUUGACCACAACCCGUUCGCCAAAGGAUUCCGAGACAAUUAUGACUCGAUGUACACAGCGCCAGAGAGCGACCGCCUCACGCCGUCUCCCACCGACUCCCCCCGCGCCCACCAGAUUGUCCCCGGGGCCCGCUACGCGAUGCAGCCCCUUUUCCAGGACCAGUUUGUCAACAAUCUCCCCCAGAGCCGCUUCUACAACAGCGAGCGCGCCGUGCCUCAGACCAACGGCCUCCUCUCGCCCCAGACGGAGGAGUCGCAGAGGUGGCUGGUGACCAUGCAGCAGGGAGCCGGCGGCGCCGGCAGUAAACUGGACCUGAUGCCCUAUGAGGGGGACUACUCCAGCUCCCUGCUUCCUUACGGCAUCAAGUCCUUGUCCAUGCAAACGUCGCACGCGCUCAGCUACUACCCGGACACCUCCUUCAGCAGCAUGUCUGCGGGGUGGGGGUCCAGAGCGGCGGCGGCCUACCAGAGAAAGGUCACCCCCAGCUUGCCGUGGUCCCCACGACCCAGCCCCACUGCAGCCUUUCCUGAGGACAAGCUCAAGACACAGAUGGAGGAGGACGUGAGCAGCGGCGGUGGCGUGCUGUCCAACUGGAGCGACUUGCAGUCGACAGCUCAGCCUCUCGACAAGCCGGACAGUUAUGGCGCGGCCUGCAAGCGACGGCGCUUGUCUCUCAACACCUCAGAGGACUCACUUGUGGACAUUAAACGAGAGGAUCUGGCCUCCAGCUCCUACAGCAAAGAGCCAUCGACGUCCAAAGGCAUGGUGACCUACUAUCCCUUCUACACCAACCAUUGAAGUGUUUUCGGUUCCUGCGCACUCGCACAUCCAUCUUGUGAUUUUUUUUUUUUUUCCCAGAGCGAUGGCACAACACACAUAUUUAUCAAGCGGAACUUUUUCGUGCCUCAGUCUUUCACAAGUGACUUGAAUUAUGAAGCAAAGCAUUUGUUUAACAACGGUACUGUGUCCGUUACAGAAUCUGCCUUGACGGAGAGGGCUCGUGUUUACAGAGUAUUUAUUGAC